AAGACACCGCCAUGGCCGGGCGUGCCCAAGGGUCCUCGCGAGCCCUGCUCGCUGCCCUGCUAGCGCCUGCGCUGUUAACGCUGCUGGUGUCGCCGGCACGGGGUCGUGGAGGCCGGGACCAUGGGGACUGGGACGAGGCCACAGUGAUGUCGCUGCUGCCGCCCCGUGAGGACGCGGCGCGCGUGGCCCGCUUCGUGACGCACAUCUGCUCCUGGGGCGCGCUGGCCACCAUCUCCACGAUGGAGGCGGUACGCGGCUGGCCCUUCGCAGACGUCCUCUCGCUCAGCGACGGGCCCCCUGGCGUGGGCAGCGGAGUGCCCUACUUUUACCUGAGCCCGCUACAGAUCUCCGUGAGCAAUCUGCAGGAGAAUCCCCAUGCUACGCUGACACUGUCUUUGGCGGAGACUAUCUACUGCAGGAAAAAUGGAUUUGAUCCCCAGAAUCCCCUUUGUGUCCACAUAAUGCUGUCAGGAACUGUGACUAAGGUGAAUGAAACAGAAGUGAACAUUGCAAAGCAUUCAUUAUUUACCAGACACCCUGCAAUGAAAACCUGGCCUGCCAGCCAUAAUUGGUUCUUUGCUAAAUUAAAUAUAACCAAUAUCUGGGUCCUGGACUACUUUGGUGGACCAAAAAUAGUGACACCUGAAGAAUAUUAUAACGUCACAUUUCAGUGAAGCAGAAUAUGGUGAUUUGACCCACACAAAGUGAAGUUUCUUAGGAUGGCUCAUGCACACUUGAAGGGUUGACAUUUCUCUGGAAGUUUCUCAUACUAUUAGCCAGUUUUCUGUGAUGUGCUGAUUGGUUUGUUUGCUUGAUCCUAUUUUGAUCCUAUACUAGAUUUCUUGGAAGAUGUAGUUACUGGAAUAUAUAUAUAUCUUGAAGCCAUUUUCAUAAAGAAACAUCUUUCAUUAUAAUCAGAGUUUUGUCUGGUCAAUUCCAAGUAUUUUUCCAAUGAUGCUCCUUGAAGAAGAACAUAUACCAGAUAUAGAUUGCCCAUUGGCACUUGGAGGUACACAGUAUGAGUUUAAUUCCUGGCUGACACCAUCCUGAGAAGGAACCCCCCUUGAUCUAGCUGUCAAAUCCUGGUGGAGAGGGGUUGCCCUGUAUAGUACAUCCUGUAGAAACAGCAGUGGUACUCCAAUGGAGCUUGCUACUCAUGCCAACUUGGGUAUGACAGUUCUGAAUAUUAUUGAUCCAACAUAGGGCAAAACUGUUUCUUAUGAAGAACUUUCUAAACUUUUUACAUUCUAACCUUAUACUUACCCAGAACAAAAAAAGACCAUAAAACUUCUGGAAUUUGAUAUCUUCACCUAAGUGGACACAGUAUAAUAAGUCUCCUCCCUUGAAAACAUACAAUAUGCUUUUUAAAAUUUGCCCCAAAAUGGGGUUCCAAAAGAAAGAGAAGAAAGGGGAUUUUGUAUAUUUCUGAUAGUCUUUUAUAAGAAAAGUUAACCCAGGCAUGAACCAGCUUCAGGUAGGGCCAACAUCUCCCACCUCAACCACUUUCCAGAGCCUUUUAAAUGCCUUUAAAUACCUCUACUGUCAACCACGACCUAAGUAUUCCUCAGCUGCUCUAAACCUAUAAAUGGCUCCUAAUGCUGCCUAAAUCAGGUCAUCCAAGGGAAGAUAGCUUGGCAUUUUUUUCAAAAUCACAUUUCUUUAGAAGAGAAGACUCUAUUUAGUUUUAUUACCUAUGUACAUGAUUUCAGAAGAUGACAUACGAUUCCUUUUAAAGAGGUGUCAAGAAUCAAGCUGCUGAAUCUUUACUUGGCAAAGAGAAAAGGAGUUAAAUAUGAGUAAUCAUGUUUGAAAACUAGAAAUUGAAUUUAACAGAAAUCUAGCAAGCAGCUUCUGCUUAAGACAAAUGAUUUAUAUUAACUUAGUGAAAUAGACUUACUAUUCAAAGCAUCAAUAAUUAAAAGCAUUAUUUUA